GUCAUCUUCAACGAUAAACGUGUUGAGGCACCUCUGGGAGAAGCAUGGAUGCAUCCGAAUGACUUCGAUUGGCUCGCUGAACGAUUGGCUCGCUGAAGGGCAGAGUCCCAAUUGGACGGUGGCUUCGGAAUCCAAAUGGGAAACAUACAUAUUGGCUGAUAUUUGA